AUGGUUACAGCAGUGGAACAGUAUAAGAAACUAUUUCUAUGUAAAAAACCUUAUCGUAAUGAGACUCGACGUGGCUCCGUUGAGACACAACGAAUCAUUGGACAUACUGACAAGACAUGUCGAAACAUGAUAAGAAUGAGUCGAAAGGCGUUCUUUAACCUAUGUCAAGUGAUGCGUGCCAAGGGUCUUUUGUAUGAUACAAUUAAUGUUCAAGUUGAGGAACAAGUGGUUAUUUUUUUAUAUGCAAUCGGUCACAAUGUUAAGAACCGCGUCCUCUUACAUUUGUUUGGGCAUUCAGGUGAAACUAUCAGUCGGUAUUUUAAUCUUGUUUUGGGAGCAGUUCUCAAAUUGUACCCGGUAUUGUUGAAGCCUCCAAGUACCAUAACACAUGAGCGAAUAGCAGGUAACUAUAAGAGCUUUUACCCUUACUUCAAGGAUUGCAUUGGAGCCAUAGAUGGAUCACAUAUCCCUGCAUGGGUACCAAUUGCUCAACAUCAAACAUUUCGUGAUAGGAAGGGAAAUAUAUCGCAAAAUAUCCUAGCAGUUCGUGAUUUUGAUAUGAAGUUCACAUAUAUACUUUCUGGUUGGGAAGGACCAACAUCUGGUUCACGAAUAUUAGAUGAUGCCAUUCACAGAGAAGGUGAGGCAAAACUACCAGUUCCUAGAGGUAAAUUCUAUCUUGUAGAUGCAGGGUUUACAAACCAGAAGGGUGUUCAAGAAGAAGAGGAAUGGCUUGAACAGGAGAAUGCAGUUACAGGUGAGAAUACUAAUGAAGAAGCAGAAGACAAUGAUGAAAAUAGUGAUGAGGAUUCUGACGUUGAUGAUGAAGAUGAUAACUUUGAUCAAGAUCAAUUCUGA